AACUUUCAAACAGGGUAGACAGACGGAGAGACUGCGUGUCGGACGGCCCGAGUGAAGGAGGGAAAUCAACUUUUGGACAAACCACACACUCCAAACAAGAACUGUUGCCUUUGGGGGAAAAAAAGAACACAAAAUCUGAGUGGACAAAAGAGAGAGGCUUUCUAGGGGAAUAUCCUGCACCACAACUUGUUUGUUUUCUCUUUCUUUCUCAUCUCCCCCCUCCUCUCAGAUCUCGAUGCUUUGCUUUGGGUUUUGUGCUCCAAAUUCAUCCAAGUGUUCUCUCGGUCACUCUCCUCUCCACCAUUUGAAACAUUUUGAAUUUUUUUCCAGAACUUUGCAACCCAACAAACUGAGACAGACGUUUGCAGAAUUCAACUUGGACUAAGAGUUGAACCCGAGCCCGGUUCUGGAAUGAAUUUAACCGAGCCCAGCUUUUCUAGAGAGACUCUUCUGCAUCCUGGCCAGGUGUCUCUUGGGGGGCACUGGACGUCUGGGACCCCAAGUCCUGCUUCUGAUUCUGAAAUGGGUUUUGAGCAGAGCCUCUCAGGAGACUGUAGUUCUCCUGAUGGCCUCGGGACCGGGAACAUGAGGAGAACGGAAGCAAGGAUUUCUCUCACAGCCGGUUCAGGGGGACAGAGUCCAGAUCUGAGCCAGGCUGGAGGUGUGUUGGCGGGAACGAGCGAUGGAAAAGCCGCUGGGGCCGAGCAGAGGAUCCGCAGGCCCAUGAACGCUUUUAUGGUCUGGGCUAAAGAUGAGAGGAAGCGACUGGCCCUGCAGAACCCUGACCUGCACAACGCUGUGCUCAGCAAGAUGCUCGGUCAGUCAUGGAAGGCCCUGAGCGCCACAGACAAGCGACCAUUUGUGGAGGAAGCGGAGCGCCUCCGCGUCCAACACCUUCAGGAUCACCCAAACUACAAGUACAGGCCUCGUCGCAAGAAGACCACCAAAAAACUCAAGAGGGUUGAGCCAGGGCUCCUGCUGCACAGCCUAGCCCAGGGUGGGGCACCAGGCCUUGGUUUAGGUCCUGGAGCGGAAAGUGUCUCUGGAGGAUCUCCUUAUGGACAUCCGGGCACCCACCCUUCACACCACCACCAUCCCCAUCAUCUGCUGCCUUCUCUGGGGCAUUUCAGAGACCUUCAGGCCCAAGCACACCCAGAGCUUGAGACAUAUGGCUUGCCCACUCCAGAGAUGUCCCCUCUGGAUGUUCUGGAAGAUGGGGAAUCUGUGUUCUUUCCCCAACAUAUGCAAGAGGAGGCAGGGAUGGGAGGCUGGAGCGGGUACCACCACCAUCUUCAUCAUCAUAACCAGCAUUAUAGCCAUCACUACAACAGUCACAGUCACCAUAGCUCCAUACACAGUCAGGGAUCAGGAAUGAGUGCCAGUUUAGGCACAAGUAUGAAUUCGAGUCUGAGUCCUGGUAGAGGAUCCAGACUUGAUCCCCGUAUGAGUUCUGUUGAAUCCAAUAUGACCUCGAGCAUGACCUCUGUCACUUCAGUCUCCAAGUUAAAUCCCACUCACCAAGUCACUUUGAGGAGUCCUGUAAAGUGUCCACCACCUCUACCUGACUCCUCUUCCUCUGUUUCAUACCCUCAGACCUCCAUCAGCCUCCCUGAGACAAUAAAAUGUCAUCAGACAACCCUGAGCAAUGCUCCUGUCAGCUACUUCAGCCAAAUGUAUGGUAGUAGCGCCCCAAAUGCUAGCCACUUCACUCCAUCUCAUCUGGGGCAGCUUUCACCUCCUCCUGAAACUCCUCCUUCUUCCUGCUCAAACUCUUCCAUCCCCCCUCCAUCAACCUACCUUCCCUCUGUUCAUCUAGAGCAUUCAAAUCCAGAGUCCUCUGGCCAUUUAGGGUCUUCUUCUGCUGAAUUUUGGUCUGAAGUGGACAGGCACGAAUUUGACCAGUAUGUAAACAUUGGAAGGAAUCGAGAGGAAGCCUACGGACUUGCCAUGGGGUGUGGGGGUGGGUCAAAAGUCCUGGGUGGGCGUGGCAGCAGCAGCAGCGUAGGUAGUAGGGAUGUCAGCAGUAUCAUGAGUAGCGUUGGUGGAUGUGAUGAUGGAAGCAGCCCUCUUAUAUCUGCUCUGUCUGAUGCCAGCAGUGCUGUCUAUUACAGUGCCUGUAUCACUGGAUAAAUACUCAAUGAUCUCAUCUCUCAAAUGUACAUCGUUUUGUUAGUUUUGGUUCUUUGGACCACUGUGACAUAAUAGGAAGAACAUAUGCUGGGAAAGUUAGUUUUGGCUCAUACUUUUAGUCAAGUCAAAAAACGUUGAGUUGAGAAAAUUUUGAACAUACAUUUAAAUGGUAAAUGGAAAGCUUCAUUUAAAUGAUUUCAAAGGGCAUUUAUUUUUCCUUAAUAAAUAAAUUUAUGAUCACUGAACAGCUGCCCAGGUUGAUCGAGUUGUUGCAGGCUAGUGUGGCUAGUUUUAACUUGGGAAGUGGGAAACAUGUGCAUCUUUCCAAGCUCAACCCUCUUCAUCGAGAUGCUGUCUGCUGACCCAAAUGAAUACUAAAAACAAUAAGACGUAUCCCUGAUAUUAGUUCUUUUUAUCUCCUUUUUUUGUCUCAUCACAGUCAAUUUUUGAUUAGAUGGCAGUUUUUAGUUAGUUAUCAAGGGUGCUACAUCUUGGUUUAGCUAAUGCUAAUCAAUGAGGAUUCUUUACCACAGAUGGAUAUAUUUUCCAUGGGUAGAUAUGUGAUUCAGGGAUGUGGGAUACAGAGAAAGUUCUUAUUUGUGUUGAAGUGCCUUUGAGCAAGACAUUAAGGUCUUACCAGUUCCAUAUGUAUUACAAACACACUGUGUAUGCUGUUCAUCAUAAUAUUUACCAUAUUUUUUUCUUUGAUGUUUCAUCUCAGGAUCAGACAAUAUUAAUCAUCUCUGAACUUCAUGAAGUUUAAAUUAAUUCUCAUUUGCUGAACUGGAACAUGAACGACAAAUUCAUGAGAUAGGCCGAGAGAAAAGACUCUGUGUGAAAGACUUGUUUCAGCCUCCGCGGAUAUCUCACAAGUGUUGUCGGGAAAGCCUUGGCCGCUAACCCAGAACAGACCACUGAUGUCUCCCACAAACUAUCAGGAUGUUUUACAAGCUGAGUUGUAUUUUUUUUUUCUAACCGUGAUACAUGCCGUUCCCUCUGUGGCUAAGUCCAUGACAGGGCUUCAUGUCAAACAUAUGCCAAACUCUGCAAGUUUUAAGUUGCUUUGCUUCUUGGCAAACAGAGAUCAAAGAUCAUUAUUUCUAACCAGUAAGCCUCUCUGGUAUUACGAGCAAAUCGACUGUUUAAACAAAAUGUAAAUCUAAAGUUAAUAAGCAAGGGUUAGUUCUGCAAAUACCAGGAUAUUAUGUUCUGAAUGUCCAACAAUCCUGGAACAAGUAUAACAUCGUAGGUCAAGUAAUGUCAUUUUAUACAUGAACUUUUAACAUGUUUAUUUGCAAAAUCAUGCAAAGCAACCUCACACUACCAUAUAAUGGUAUGCAGUUCAGUUUGCUCUUACGCUAAUUGUUGUGAUUGUUGGAAACUUUGGUUUGGUGUAGCUGUUUACUGUAUAUAUAUAUGUAUAUAUAUAUAUAUAUAUAUAUAUAUAUAUAUAUAUAUAUAUAUAUAUAUAUAUAUAUAUAUAUAUAUAUAUGCAGAUGCUUCUUGAAAGUAUGUGAAGGAGAAAUUGAGACUAUGAAAUGUUCUCUUUGCACUGGGUUUAAUGUCUUAGCUGUAUAGAAGGAACACUACUUAUUAAAAGAUAAAUGUCCAUAAUUUGAAAGAAGUUUUUUUUGUUUGUUUUGUUUUUGUAUGGAAAUGGUUAUUUUGUUGUGUUAUAGAGUAUUAUUUUUCUUAAAGUAAACACAUUUGGAAUUAAACUUUUAUAUGGUGAACGAGCUGGGAGGCAAUUAGCCUAGCUUAGCAUAAGGACAGAAAUGUUGGAGAAAAAAGCUAGUCCGCCUAACAUUACCACCAAUUACUGCCAAUUCACAUCUUUACAAAAGAUUUUUUGUAAUGUCGUCACUUUUCUGCUCACCACAAAUGAUCUUUUCUGAUCCUACUAUAUGAACUUCCUUUUGUGCUAAGCUAGGCUAAUCACAGCUUCACCUUUAACUAUAUUUAAACCAUGGACAAUGUCAAAUUAUUCCUUUGAAGAACUAUAAAAGUGUUGCAGCAACAUGAA